AUGGCGCUUCGGUCACAGUCGAGACUCGAAGACGACAAUGGCGAGAUGCCCGUCCACUUGGUAAUGUACGGUUCUAACAACAUGUGCUUAAGGCUCUAUCUCACCUACGCACGCAACGAAGACAAAGAACUCGCCUGUAUAAAUAAACAUGGCGAAACACUUCUACACUACGCCGCAGCGGAUGCGAGGGAAGAUAUUAUAUCAUACAUUCUCAGCGCUAACUCGUACGAUGCAUACGUCAAUGCGCGUAAUGUCAACGGCUGGACCCCUUUGAUUUGUGCCUUGCCGUCAAUAGAUGAAAUGUUUGCCAUUGAAAAGAAGACAGCCCUAAAGGGGCUCCUAGUCGGCCGGAUGUUGCUAGAUCACCGCGCCGACCCAAGCAUUGCCACAGACGAAGGAUUGACAUAUCUUCAUUGCUUAGCCAUGUAUACAUGUGCUGACGGCUCCGCUUCAGCCGAUAUUGCUGUGCUAGCUGAAGAAUUCAUCUCACGAGGAAUUCUUCCAGAUACCCCGGCCGCGGUCCUAGCGCACGACUGGCCUUUGGGUUCUCGUUUGCUACAUUUCCUCGAGAAUAUGUCUCAGGAUGCGGUUAUACGUGGUAGAACGCCUCUACACUGUGCCGCCGAGGUAGGCGCCGUGUCUAUGGCGAAAGCGCUCCUUAAGCACGGUGCUGAUGUCUUCGCCAUCGACGAGUCGGGAAGCACGCCGUUGAAAUGUGUGUCCCAGUCUUUAAAGCUGCAUGGUAUGCCCAAACUGAAGGGUGAGAUAGAUGAAUCGGUUGUUAGAGGGAGCAGAAGCGGAAAGGUCUAA